GAAGACAUUUCAUUUUUUUCUCCUGAAGACCUGUAGACAAUACCUAUAACAUGGAGCAGAGGAACCACAGUGGGCAAGUGAGUGAGUUUGUGUUGCUGGGCUUCCCAGUUCCAGCACCACUGCGGUCACUGUUGUUUUCCCUUUCUCUGCUGGCCUAUGUAUUGGUACUGAUUGAAAACAUACUCAUCAUUGUGGCAAUUAAGAACCACCCAACCCUCCAUAAACCCAUGUAUUUCUUUCUGGCUAAUAUGUCCUUCUUGGAGAUCUGGUAUGUCUCUGUUACUAUUCCCAAGAUGCUUGCUGGUUUUAUUGGGUCCAAACAGAGUCAUGGACAGCUAAUUUCCUUUGAGGGCUGCAUGACACAGCUCUACUUUUUCCUGGGCUUGGGUUGCACUGAGUGUGUCCUUCUUGCUGUGAUGGCCUAUGAUCGCUAUGUGGCUAUCUGUCACCCUCUCCACUAUCCUGUCAUUGUCAGUGGCCGACUCUGUGUGCAGCUGGCAGGUGGAUCCUGGGCUGGAGGAUUUGGCAUAUCUAUGGUCAAAGUUUUUCUCAUUUCUCGCCUCUCUUACUGUGGUCCUAACACCAUCAAUCACUUUUUCUGUGAUGUCUCCCCAUUGCUCAACCUCUCAUGCACUGACAUGUCCACAGCAGAGCUUACAGACUUUGUACUGGCCAUAUUUAUCCUGCUGGGACCACUAUCUGUCACUGGAGCCUCCUACCUGGCCAUUACUGGUGCUGUGAUGCGGAUCCCCUCAGUUUCUGGACGUCAUAAAGCCUUUUCUACUUGUGCCUCUCACCUCACUGUUGUGAUCAUCUUCUAUGCAGCCAGUAUCUUCAUCUAUGCUCGACCUAAGGCGCUUUCAGCUUUUGACACCAACAAGCUGGUCUCUGUACUCUAUGCUGUCAUUGUACCAUUGCUCAAUCCCAUUAUUUACUGCUUACGCAAUCAGGAGGUCAAGAAAGCCCUACGCGGUACUCUGCACUUGUACCAGGGCCAAGAUACUAACCUCAAGAAAUUUGACAGAAAUGGGUAGAGGGAAGUGGUGAAGUCUAGCAAAAUUCCCUUAAAUGUAGGUUGGAUUUAUUCUAAGAAGUCAAGUGGAGUUCUCGGGGCCCAAGUUGGGGA